CAACAGUGAAAAUAACAUUGAAUUCUUUACUUUUGAGGAAAAGAUAAAUGAGCAACAAUAAAUAUAUAUUUUUUUCUCAAUUGAUUAACAACGAAAUUGUAAAAGAAAUAAAUCAGCUCGACUUUGAUUGGCUCAUUUUAACACACGUUGUAUUUAUGCGUUGAUGGUCUUUUUUUUAAAGAAGCCAUGCCAGACUUUGGCCAUGACAUACAUGUCAAGUACCCAAACGGUCAUAUUUUAUUGAAGACAAUCAACAUCAUGGAACGAAGCGGUCGUGUUCGUACUGUCGGCGAGGUUUGUAAACAUGUUUGUUGGAUGUUCAAUUUAGUUGACAUAAUUAUUUUUGAACUAAGAAUAAACAAAUAUAAGAUUGCUUUUGAAUGAAACAAACAACAGUUUUUUUGUUUUUUUUAAAUGAUUUAAUUCUCUUUAAUUUAAAUAAAUGAAAAGUUAAUGUUAGCUUACAGCUUCUUAAAUUUCAAAUUAAUAUAUGGGUGCUGUUGAAAGUGACAUUAAAAUCUUUUGUACCAUGUUACAUUAAACUCAGAAUGCCUGUUAUAUCCAAUAAAUUUUUUUAAGGAAGAAUACAAUGAAGAGAGAAAAUUAAGAUCUAUAAUAUUGUAUUUUAUAAGAUUAAAAGACAGCUCUUGACAGAGUCGGGAAUUUCCAAUCCACAUGACUACCGUAUGGCUUUAAGAAGAAAUGAACAUCAGACAACUGUCAUGGAAGAUGCCUUGCCAAUCACGACCUACAUUGUGAGCCAGACAAGCGGCGGGCAACUGGAGUUUCAGCUCGAGUAAUAUACCUAAUUAUUUGUUUACAUUUUUUUUAUUUUCUAAAUGUUUGCAAGGAGAUUAAUCGGCCUCUUGGUCAAUUUUUUUUUCAAAACUAGCAGGCAGAAUUUUAAAAUAAUGAUAAUAUUAAAUAAAUAAAAACAAAUGAAUAAAGACUGAGUGAAUCAGUGAGUUGAUACAUAAUGUAGAAAGCCAUUUUAAAAAAUUUACAAAAAAAUCUGUACGAAAUAAAAAUGAUUUUAAUUCAGUUGAGUAAUGAGAUUACAAAAUUGAGAAUUUUAUUAUUAAAUGUAUUAUAUGCUAAAAUUGAAUAUCAGUUUACACGUUUAAAACAUGUCUUUCCAAAUCUUUCAUUUGCAGAAGUUUGUCGAACACACGAUGCAGCCAAUAUGCAGAAUGAUAUUCAUUGGGUAUCCUCUAUAACAGCAGUUUGUUAUUAUUAAUUUACAGGUAAAUUAGAUGCAAUAACUAUUGUCAAAGCCAAAUAAAUACUCAAGGAAUUCAUAUAAAACGUAUACAAUGUUACAGGAUGAUGUUUAAAUAAACAGAAAACUAAACUCAUUAGGAAAGUUGAAAUGCUUUAUGUAUAAGCUUCUCAUUAAACAUGAUUUGUGUGCUAUAAUUUUAAUUGGGAUGUUAUGCUUUAAAAGAUAACUCUUAAAAAUUUAACAUUACACAAUAUACUGUAGUACAUUCUUAUUAUGAAAGUGAGAGAUAGGCGAAUAAUUCCGACAACUAAAGGUAGUGUAAUACUUAUAACAUUUUUUUAAUGUCAAGAUCUGGUUGUAGGUUCGUACAGCCACGACAUGGAAAGUCAAUGUACAUUGCAAUUUGCAUUAGUAGUUGUGAAAAAAAUAUUCCACACACAAAGAAUAUACAUAUAUAUAUAUAUAUAUAUAUAUAUAUUAUAUAAAUAUAUAAAUAUAUAUUAAAUAAAAAUAACAUUUGCGACAUGUAAAACAUAUUCAUCGUGUGUAUUGAAUGUAAUGCAGAAUAACAUAUGUUAAUUUAGUUUUAAAAUGUCAUGUUUUUUGUUUUUUUUUUAAAUAUAGUAAUAGUACAUCAUGAAUACAAUUGUAGUGUCUACAACUUCAAUAUGCAUAAUUUUAACACAUUCCUAUCUUGCCGGUACGACUUUAAUGGCGCAUUUACAAGAUCGUAAUUUUUUGCAUUUUUUCGUUUUUUUUGUUUUUAAAUAAUAUUAAUUAUUAUUUUUAAUCUGUCUUUUUUUUUUCUUGGUGUGCUUUUUUCAAUAUAGUUAUUUUAAAAUUGUAUAAAUACCUGUGCAAAUCAGGAUUUGAUGCGAAGGUAGGAGACACACAAAAAUUGCUUAGAUUUAAUUAAAUAAACAAAGGAACAUUGCAACAUUUAUUUUGGUAAAAAUUAAAGGACUUCAGAAAUUCGAUUCCUCAACUAAUUUGUUUUAAUUAUAUGUGACGUCAUUUGCAGCUCAUACUCCAAAAUUUGAUUUGUCAAAGAAAUUGUGAACGAUAAUAUAUUUUUAUAGAAAAAAAUGUAUUCAAAUGCUUGGCACUUAUUUUUAAACAGUGCUAUUCUAAAUAAGAGUUAAAUUGUAAAGAAUAUAAAAUAAAUUUAACUUGAUAAAAUAGAAAAAUAUUCUAUGUUCCUUUAAUUGUAUAUGUUAGUAUAUCACGUUUUAAUUGAGAGAGCAUAAAUCAAACAACACGGUCUUAAACCUCAAUUAUAGACUACACUAAGACUUGCAUUUAUGAGAGCGUUUUGUUUAAGGAUUGUUUUUAACAGUUGAAAUGAACAAUGUUACAGACUUUGUCUCUACCUCAAGUUAUGCUUACUUACAGUCCGAAAUCUUACCUUUUUUUUUCUUAUAUUGUAAACCAUUUUUACACGUGUAUGUCUUUUUUCACGUUAUUGCUUAUAUCAUAGAAAUAUUAAACUGAGUUUUUCUACAUCAAAAAUUGAAUUCGGUAUUAUUUAUCAUAAGAGUAACAUUAAUUUGUGAAUACUAAUAGUAUGUUGUUGUUGUUUUUUUUAAUUUAAGAUGUUAAUUUAACGAUAUUUCUUAAAAUUAUAGCGAUCAACCUCAUUAAAUUUCGGGAAUGUUGAUCAUAGAGUAAACUUAACUAAAAAAUCAGAUUUCACUUGGCAGUUCAAAACAGAUGGUUAAUUUUUAAAAAGAGAGGAUAUCUUUCGUGAACCAUAUUGUAGGAUAUUUAAAAUUAGAGAUAUCUUGGAAUGUUCUUUUUUUUAAAAAUGAGACUGAAGAAGGAGAUUGUACGAUCAGGUUAUAUGAGAAAUUUGUAUAAUAUAUAUUUUCUGCAAAAAAUAUAUCAUUUAAGGACAUGAUCAUAUCCUUUAACCAGUGGAUUAUGAGUAAUUGUUAAUUUUUUACUGAUUCUGUGCAAUGGAUAUUGGUGUAUUGUAUGUCAAGAUAUAUUUCAAUUUAACAAAUUGAUGUAUGUGUAUUUGUCAACUUGACAUUUUGAUUUGAACAAGUGAUGGUGUAUGCCACUAUAAUCAGUAAAUAAUUAGAGGAAGAAAGGUUUCUUAAAUGUUCAAAGUUAGACUGGUAACGUUUGGGGUAAUUGAAUUAGAAUUUGAUACAGAGUAGAGAAAAAAUUAUUAAGUAGGACUUUACAAAAAUGCGGACGUUUCUGAUAAGAAGUAUUCAACAGCAAAAAUUACUCAAACGGACAAACUUAGGUGAUUGAAGUAUUAAGUUGAUAGGAAGUUAUAAGCCACUUAAAUGAAAGAAGCGUCCAAUAUAAUCAUGGAAAAGGUUUAUGAGUUAAACACGAUAUGUAAACGAAAAUAAAAUGAUUUAUUAAAUUAAAUAACACUUUGAGGGAAAUCAUCUACUCUCCGUGCAUAUAAAUAAUAAUCAAUAGAUACACGCAAUGAAACAUGUGUACGAACACGAAUUAGUCAGUUGAAACUUACAGGGGUAAUUAAAGGAAUAUGUUUGUAAACGUGUGAAAAUUGUGUGUAAUCUAAUUAAUUUAUUUUGCUUUUGUAUAUAUUUUCCAGAAAUAUUGUUUUCAAUGAAAUCUAAAAUUGCUUGACUUAGAAAGAGGAUACUCAGAAGCAAAAUUUUAAAAAAAUAUGAAUGUGGAUUUUAAAAAAAAAUUUAACGGAUUUCAAACAUUUUUUAAAAUGAAAUAAUUUGUUGCAAUUAAAUAUUGUAUUUAACUGACGCUUUACAAUUUUUGGGGUCUAUCAGAAGCUGCUGAAGAUGGCCAGAAUGAUGCCUUUGUUCAGAACCCAGUUGAUGGACAAGAGACAACCUUAGCAAUUUCUUAUUUAGACGCUAAUGGCGAUAACCUGACAGUCUUACAGGUUAGCCAAAAAAAUUAAAUUUCAUUCUUUUUGUGUGUAAAUUAGAAAAUUUAUAUACAUUAGAAAAUAUAUACUUUGUUAAAAUAUUAAUAUGGAUGUGAAUUAUUUCUGUAAAUGCUGUUGAACGUCCGUCAAGAUCAAGAUAGACCAUCUAAUCAUGCGGUUAGGGGUGGGGUGAGUACAUGGUGAGCUCGUAUGUGGUUUGCUAGUCCGAUCACUGCUCGAAAUAGUCUCUAGCACCACAAGCAGGGGAUAGUUGUUGUAGUCGGUGAUCUAAGGUGGCUUUUUCGUGCCAGCCUGCUUGUCUCAGAUGUCGCUAUCCUUCUGGCUUGAUUAGAUUGAGCCCCCUUCUUAACAAAUGAUCUCCACUUGGCUCUGUCCUGGGCUGUAUGCUUUCAUUCAAAGGGCUUGAUGUUAAAGUAAUUAGUCUUAAUAUUUAUCAUACUAUUCAGUUAUAUUUUAAUUUUAACGAUUUUUAAACAGACCAUCAACUAGGAAACAUAAAGGAAUUGUUGAGAAAUAUUUAAACAGUCGGAAAUGAUAAAACUCCCCAGCUUAUCGAUUCCUUUUUUUUUAAAAUUAAAUACAUGCAUAUUUUAUAGCAAGUGAUAAUUUUGAGUCAUUUAAAUGCAAACAUGUUUUAUUGCAGGUGAUGAAUGAAUUGCUUACAAGUCUGGGUAUAGCUUCAAGGGCUUACAAGAUGGUGUUGGUCAAAGAUCACGUUCCAAAAACCUUGAGGGACAACGAACCUAUUAUCGAUUAUAAGGAUGAUAUUUUAAAUGGCUUUGUGAUUACGUUUGAAAGGAGAUAAUUGUUGUAUGCAACCUUUAGAUAUUUGCAAUACGUUGUGAACAGUAUUGAAAUUAUCAUUGUUUGGUUUCGUUUAAAAAAUAUUACUUAUGUUUUAGAACAAGCAUUUUGAGAAUAAGAGUUUAGUUAUACUUUAAACCAGCGUUUCCUAAUUUUUUAAAUUUAGCGCACCGGUGAAAAUUUUCAAAAUGGCACCAAAGACCGGUACCAAAUGAAUUAAUUAUAUUUGUCUUUUAAUUGAGCAUAAGCAUCCAUGUUGUGUCGACCAGUUCAAGUCUGUUGAAAACAAUUUUGGGGAUGCCGCUUAGAACGAUCAAAUUUCAAUCAAUUUUCUCUGCAACAAAUUUAAGUGAGCGAUCGUUUCUUCAUCGUCUAAUAAUUUCUUCCCAUUUUAAUUUGAAGAACGAAUACAAUUGAACGUUAACAUGUUCCAUGGUAAAAGUGUUUGGAUUAUCCGUUGACGUGUAGAAUAAUUCAUGCAGAUCUGCCGAAUUUAGUUGAACAUUUUUUUUAAAUUAAAUUCCCUUAAAUUGUAUACAGAUGGAAAAAUUAAAAAAAUUUGUAAAAUAUUAAAAAAAAAAAAAAAAAAGCUAAUAAUCCUUGCUUAAAGCGACCAAUUUCAAUAAGUAUACCUUCAUUCCGCUUGCUUAAAAAAUAAUUAAAAAUAUGUGUAGGCUUUUCUACAAGAAGUGCAAAUGUUUUUCACCAUUUUUUAUCGCCUGGUCAUGAGCAUUUUGUAUGUUUUUGUUUUUUUUAAUAUUUAAAAAACAUUGCUUUACUUUUUUCCCCCUUUUUGGUUAGUGAUGCUUUUAUGUUUUCAUGCAUUUUAAAAGUAACUCUUUCCGUAUCUUUUACGCUUAUACUUUCAAGUAUUUAUAUUGACAUGAACUGUUUCGAUAAAAAGUAGGGCGCUUCAUUCUUUGGACUUUUGUAUCGCAAAAUGUUAAAAUAUUGAAAUGAAAUUAUAACAUGAUGUGAAAAAUCUGGAACUUAGCUGGGGUUUAUAAAGAUACAGUUUGUUAAAACAGCUGGAUGGUCGUGUUUUGAAAAUAACACUAUUUACCACAAUUUAAAUUUGGAAAUUGUUUAUAAAAAAUUUAAUAAUUUAAUUAAAUAAUUAUUUAUUUUUGUGUGUGGGUUGUUUUUUUUUCAAUUUUUAAAUCUUUUAAAUUAAUUUCGCUUUUGUGUAUUUAGGGGAAAAUCUUCGGAGAGUUUAUUGACUCAUUUUCCGUCAACUUAUCGAGCUAAAUCAUGACACAUAGGCUCGUUACCGAUGGCAACACAUUCUGUCACAUUUUUAGAAACCAUCCAAACCCUUAAAAAAUGUGUUCCUCUUUUUAGAGAGGAAGAAAAAGGAAAUAUGAUGUCCCUGAUUUCAAGAAAUAAAAUUCUUGAUAAAUGGGUUAAAUGAGAUUCUUUUCAAAAAAUAAUAUCACAAGUGUAUUUACUGCUGUUUUUCUGCACUACUUUGUGAAAUUAAUCUUCUGUGUAAAAGAGGUUGGC